GGUGCCGCCGCCACCGCCGCCGCCACACGGCCACACCCGAUGCCCCCAACUCCUCAACCCUCUCCCAUCCCUAUCGGUCUCGCUCGCAGUUCUUGAUGUUGGGGUCGACGGCGGCGCCGCCGCCAUCACCACGUGGGGACUGCCCUCCUGGAAUCCUCAAUGGAGAAGAUCUUCCUCCACCUCUUGAUGCUCCUCCGUCACCAAGUGCAGCCGGAGUUUCGUCGCCGGCAACUUCCGCAAGACCUACAUCCUCGCUGCAGCCUAGUCUCUCCGCCCAGAACAAACAAUCUUUGCUAUCUGUAGAAAUCGCUGCAGCUACAAAUGAUCCAAACCAAGAAACUUCACAUCAUCAACAUGAAAGACCUGCAAAAGCCCUGCCAAUGAAAGUUGUAGCUGCACCUACAAAUGGAAAAUCCCGAGAUCCAAGCCAAGAUCAACGAAAAAGACCUGCAAAAACACUGCCAAAGAAGAGGGUGAAGACACCUGUGGUACUGCCUGUAGUGGGAUCUCCAGGGGUUAAUCUCAUUUUAUCUCAAGGAUCGCCAAGGACAAUAGGUGUAAAACGGUCCUCGCCACUACCAUCACAGUUUUCUGGUCUUCCAAGUAGAAAUAAAAGAAGAAAACUUAAAUCUGAAAUUUGGAAUGAUUUUGAUCCUGUGUAUGAUGGAAACAAACUCAUGGAAGCCAAAUGUAAGCAUUGUCAUAGAGUUUUUCCGGCUACCAGAGAAGUUGGUACCAGUCAAUGCAAUAGGCAUUUGUUAGUUUGCGAGGAAAGAGCUAAGAUGAAUGAAUUUCUUGAAUCAGUGAAAUCAACUCUGUCAAGUCCCAGUAAUUUAGAAGAAUGGAGAUAUGACCCUGAUAGAGCAUUCAUGGAAUUGGUGAGGCUGAUUGUCUUGCAUGAAUUGCCAUUCCGGAUAGUAGAAUAUGAAGGAUUCAGGCGCUUUGUUCGAAGUCUCAAUCCAGCAUUUGAAUUGGUCUCUAGGACAACAAUGAGGCUUGAAUGUGUCGACUUGUUUUAUCACCAAAAGAUAAAACUUCGAGAGGUUCUACAAGAAUUGAACUCUCGAGUCUCUUUAACCGCGGACAUGUGGACGUCACGUCAAGUUGUGAGUUAUAUGUGUAUAACCUGUCAUUAUAUUACUGAAAAGUGGAAAUUAAGGAAAAAAGUGAUUUGGUUUUCCGAGGCUGAUACCCCGCAUGAUGGAACAAAUCUAUUUAAUAUCAUGUUGGAAUGCUUGCAAGAUUGGGGUCUUCAAGAGAAGGUUUUCUCCAUUACGCUAGACAAUGCAACAAAUAAUACUUUAUGUGUGAGCUACAUGAAGGCAAAUCUGCUAGGAAAGAAUUUGUUACCUUCCAAAGGAGAUCUUUUACAUGGUCGAUGCGCAGCUCAUGUGAUCAACCUUAUUGUUCAAGACGGGUUGGCAAUUACCUGCACUGCAGUGGACAAUAUCAGAGAGAGCAUCAAAUAUGUUAGAAGCUCCCCACCUCGGAAAAAGAAGUUCAAAGACAUAAUUGUACAAGAGGGAAUCAAAUGCAAAAAGAAAGUUACUUUAGAUGUUGCUACAAGGUGGAAUUCCACUCAUCUGAUGAUCAAGACAGCUUUAGAGUAUAGGAAGGCAUUUGCCGCUUUGAAGUUGCAAGAUCCGUCAUACACAUGUCAGCCUACAAGUGAGCAAUGGGAAACGGCACAAUCAGUUUGCAGUUUGUUGGAGGUUUUCCUCGAUGCUACUAUGGUGGUGUCUGGCACUUUAUAUCCAACCGCUCACUUGUAUUUCCAUGAACUCUGGAAAAUUCAUCUAACCUUGGAAAGAGAGGCAAACAAUGAGGAAGCUGCCAUUAGAUCUAUGGUUCAAGUGAUGAAGACCAAGUUCAUGAAAUACUGGAAACUGUCGUACUUGAGCAUUUGUCUUCCAGUCAUUCUUGACCCGAGGUACAAAUUCAAAUUCUUGGAGCUGUGCUUGAAAUCCGGACUUGAAACCGAGGCUACAAAAUAUCUUACUAAGGUGAAGAAAACAUUCAAGGAUCUCUUCACUGAAUACUCUUCACAUGAAGAUGACUCAACACUAAAGAAUGACCAAGGAACCAGCAGUGUAGCAACUAUCGAUAACCCAUGGGAACAAUGGAAUAAACAAGUUCAAGAAGAGCAACAAAAUCGAGCAAAGCUGACUGAACUUACUAUAUAUUUGAAAGAUGCUGUUCACCCGCAAGAAGAAGGGUUUGAUAUACUAUGUUGGUGGUCUGCAAAUGCACAUAAGUACCCCAUCAUUUCUCGCAUAGCAAAGGAUGUAUUGGCUGCACCAGUAUCAACCGUAGCUUCUGAGUCCGCCUUCUCCACCGGAGGAAGAAUACUAAGUGACUAUAGGAGCCAUAUGAUAGGCUCUACUGUAGAGGCAUUAAUUUGUCUUCAAGACUGGUUGCGGCCUCCCGGAACUACUCAUGUCAACACAAUAACAAGUGAUGUUGUUUAUGCAAAACGUGCUGAUAUUUAUGGAUCAAGAGAUGAUAUUUUUGAGGAUUGAUUGCAACAUUAGGUAAGCAUUGG